UCUUCUUUACCUGUCCAGGUAACUUCUGUUUUCAUUUCGAUCUUAAUGAAAGCUUUUUAAUUUACAUCUCAAGUUUCUUUGCAAAGCAAUGUAAGUAGUAUUUAAAGUUUUACACUUCAGGAAAGAAACCCUCUGGACACCCAGCCUUGGUCUUGUAACAUUGGAGGUAACUCGUUUUUAAUCUGCCAGCACGGUGAGAACUGAGCCGAAUGGGGAUUGAGCUGCUCUGCCUGCUCUUUCUAUUUCUAGGAAGGAAUGAUCACGUCCAAGCAGGUGGCUGUGCUGGGGACGGUGCAGAGACCUGCGGAGACUGCUUGCUCGCGGGACCUCACUGUGCCUGGUGUUCCCAGGAGAAUUUUACUCAUCCAUCUGGAGUUGGUGAAAGGUGUGAUACCCCAGCAAAUCUUUUAGCUAAAGGAUGUCAAUUAACCUUCAUCGAAAACCCUGUCUCCCAAGUAGAGAUACUUCGGAAUAAGCCUCUGAGCAUAGGCAGACAGAAAAAUAGUUCAGACAUUGUUCAGAUUGCACCUCAGAGCUUGAUUCUGAAACUGAGACCAGGAAGUGAACAUACCCUGCAAGUACGGGUCCGCCAGACGGAGGACUACCCGGUGGACUUGUAUUACCUCAUGGACCUGUCGGCCUCCAUGGAUGACGACCUCAACACAAUCAAGGAGCUGGGCUCCCGGCUUUCCAAGGAGAUGUCUAAAUUAACCAGCAACUUUAGACUGGGCUUCGGCUCUUUUGUGGAAAAACCAGUCUCCCCUUUUGUGAAAACCACACCAGAGGAAAUCGCCAAUCCCUGUAGUAGUAUUCCGUAUACCUGUUUACCUACAUUUGGGUUCAAACACAUUUUACCAUUGACGGAUGAUGCUGAAAGAUUCAAUGAAAUCGUGAGGAAACAGAAAAUUUCUGCUAAUAUCGACACUCCUGAAGGCGGAUUUGAUGCAAUUAUGCAGGCUGCUGUAUGCAGGGAAAAAAUUGGCUGGCGGAACGACUCUCUCCACCUCCUAGUUUUUGUGAGUGAUGCUGAUUCUCAUUUUGGAAUGGACAGCAAGCUGGCAGGCAUUGUCAUUCCCAAUGAUGGGCUCUGUCACUUGGACAACAGGAACGAGUACUCCAUGUCAGCUGUCUUGGAAUAUCCAACAAUUGGUCAGCUCAUUGAUAAGCUGGUGCAAAACAAUGUGUUGCUGAUCUUUGCUGUGACCCAAGAACAAGUCCACUUGUACGAGAAUUAUGCAAAACUUAUUCCUGGAGCAACAGUGGGACUACUUCAAAAAGACUCUGGGAACAUUCUCCAACUUAUCAUCUCAGCUUACGAAGAACUGCGGUCUGAGGUGGAACUGGAAGUAUUAGGAGACACAGAAGGACUCAACCUGUCUUUCACAGCUGUCUGUAACAAUGGCAUCAUCUUUACACACCAAAAGAAAUGCUCACAUAUGAAGGUGGGAGAUACAGCUUCCUUCAACGUCACCGUGAGUGUAGCAAACUGUGAGAGGAGCAGGCAUCUUCGCAUGAAGCCUGUGGGGCUGGGGGAUGUCCUAGAAAUACUCAUCAGGCCGGAAUGUGACUGCACCUGUCAGAAAGAAGUAGACGUGAACAGUUCCAAAUGCUACCAUGGGAAUGGCUCCUUCCAGUGUGGGGUGUGUGCCUGCAAUCCCGGCCGCAUGGGUUCUCACUGUGAGUGCAAUGAAGACACUCUGAGCACGGAUUCCUGCAAGGAGACCCCCGAUCAUCUUUCAUGUAGUGGAAGAGGUGACUGCUACUGUGGACAGUGCAUCUGCCACUUGUCUCCCUAUGGAAGCAUUUACGGGUCUUACUGCCAGUGUGACAACUUCUCCUGCCUGAGGCACAGAGGGCUGCUCUGCGGAGAUAAUGGCGACUGUGAGUGUGGGGAAUGCGUGUGCAAAGAUGGCUGGGCAGGCGAGUACUGCAAUUGCACAACCAGCACGGACUCCUGCAUGUCUGAGGACGGAAGCCUGUGCAGCGGCCGAGGGGACUGCGUCUGUGGCAGGUGUGUCUGCAAGAACCCUGGAGCCUCUGGACCUACCUGUGAACGCUGUCCUACCUGUGGUGACCCCUGUAACUCUAAACGGAGCUGCAUUGAAUGCCACAUGUCUGCAGCUGGCCAGGCCCAAGAAGAAUGUGAAGACAAAUGCAGGCUAGCUGGUGUGACCAUCAGCAACGAAGAUUUUUCAAAGGACAGUUCUGUUUCCUGCUCUCUACAAGGAGAAAGUGAAUGUCUUAUUACAUUCCUGAUAACUACAGAUAAUGAAGGGAAAACCAUCAUUCAUAAUGUCAACGAAAAAGACUGCCCUAAACCUCCAAACAUUCCCAUGAUCAUGCUGGGAGUUUCACUGGCCAUUCUUCUCAUUGGAGUUGUCCUACUGUGUAUUUGGAAGCUGCUGGUAUCAUUUCAUGAUCGUAAAGAAGUUGCCAAGUUUGAAGCAGAACGAUCAAAAGCCAAAUGGCAAACGGGAACCAACCCACUGUACAGAGGAUCCACUAGUACUUUCAAAAAUGUGACUUACAAACACAGGGAAAAACAAAAGGUGGACCUGUCCACAGAUGGGUAGAAGAACUCAUACCUGGAUAAAGUGUGCUUUGCUGACAUGAAAGGUUAAUGCACUGUUUGAUUUUCUUCGCUGUUGCUUCAAAGGGAGGUUGGCUUAAGAUAACAAUAGGUCGUUUGGAGAUCAGUCAUUUUGUAAUGAAGAUGAGACAUUAACUGAGAAGAGGAGUAUCAUUAGCAAAGCAGAGACUUCAGAAAUCAGCUGAGGAAUAUUAAUUGUCUCAUUCAUGCUCAAAAAUCAUCAAAAUGAUCUAUGGGGGCCUGAUGCACAUCUGAAACAUGUUUGAAAUUACCAUCUCAUUGGUUUCCUGCAUACAGCUACCUAAAGUCUUUGUCUCCGAAAAGUCAUGAAGUCCAUCUGCUUGCAUUGGACCCACACUUGCCAGUUAAUCUAAGCUUAUAGUAAAUCUACCCUUUCCUGAAAGAAGACUUUAAAAAAAAAUGUGUGGUGGCCCAUGCCUUUAAUCCCAGCACUCGGGAGGCAGAGGCAGGAGGAUCGCUGUGAGUUCGAGGCCACCCUGAGGCUACAUAGUGAAUUCCAGGUCAGCCUGGGCUAGUGUGAGACCCACCUUGGGGGUUGGGGGAAGGUGAGAAAUGAGAUUCUGGCUUCACUUCACUGAAAGGAUGUAUUUCUUCUGGCAAUAUCCCAAAUGUAAGAUUGAAAAUUAAGUGUUACUAAUUGCUAUGAAUUUAUAUGCACCCAAAAGUCAUGUACCCAAACAAAUCUUUUGCUUUGUAGACAAUGAAGAAAUAAUUUAUAAACUAUAUUGCUAGUAAAAAUAUAAAUAGCAAUCCUAUCACUAAGCAUAUUUUUUAAAUUACCUAAAAAAAAUCUUUUAUCCUGUUUUCUUAUCUCUGAGUUUUCAACAUAUUUUCCCAGUUCGCAGUAAUUUUAUUCAUUUUCACAGCCUCUAAAACCCUGUAAUGGUCACAUGAAAGUGUUCAUUUUUAAAAAGUGGUUGCUUAGCAUAUUCAAAGAUAUUUUCAAUAGUAUGGAAGGAACAAGGGUAAAUAGAGUAAAAUGCUCAGUGAUGUUACCUCAAGCUGGUCAAAAGUGCACCAGGCCCCCACGGAGUUCAGGUUUCUAAAGUGUGUUCCUGUCCCAUCUGUACAUUCCAGCUAUGUGAAGUGAAUCUCCCUUCUGCAUCUACUCAGAGAAGUAUGACUUAGGUUGCAACUACAUGUGGGAAAUUCCAGAUUUAUCAGCAGAGGGGAGAGAAGGACUUAUCUCUUAUUAUGAUGUGUGUGUGCAUGCGUGCAUGCGUGUGCUUACUGCCGUGCGCAAAGCACUUUCAUCUCAUUUGACCCUCCUAGGGAAAGCAAAGUUCAGAGAGUGAGUAGAAGAACUGGGAUUCUCCAUCUUCUAACUCCGAAUCAUGCCUUCCUUCGGCUGCAUAAGGCUAUCUCUUUGUCCAUAUGGUGAUAAAGGGAUCGUUUUAGUUGAAAGUGUACUGAGAGUAAACAAAUAGGAUUUAAAUACCUGACAUGCGGGCAAGUGAUUGUAUGUUUUGCCGCGCUCAUGGCCUUUGAUUACAUUGGAAAGAAAAGCCUGUCCCGGGGGGAAGAGCUAACCUUCAGAACCUUCAAUGCUCCUGCAGUCCCUCCAGACAGGUCCGUCUACAUUUGAUCAUUCGGAGACUUUUUGUCCUGGUGUCUAAAUAACUCAGGUAAACUAGGCAGUUAGAGAGUGCACAGCUCAAUUUUGGAAAAUUCCUGAAGAAACUCCUUGGCCAUCUGAAGGGCUGGUGUACUCACAGGCACAUGACUGAUGUCCAGGACCUGGAGAGAGUCCAGAGCAACAUGCAGGCACACUCGUCAUGACGCGGCAGUAGGUAUCGCCUCUACCUGGGACUGUUUGUGCUACGAUGAUUCACAUGGGAUUCAGAAGAUAGAAGUUACUUUCAUGCGUGCAUUAGGGAAGAGUCUGCUCUUUCUCUAAAUACUAUUUUGACUCAAGGCAGGACCUUGAAAAGAACAAAACAUUAACAGUAGUACUUCUGUUCAUUGAACGGUUAUGCUACAUGAAGAUAAAGUGGUUGUUUUAUAAGCUGUUUUAUUGUAUUUUGUGUUGAUAUAAAUAAACAUGGUAAUUUAAACAAUGAA